GAAAAAAAAAAAAAAAUUGAGCCAUGUCGGCGAGGAGUCGAGUCUCGGUCGCCUUGGCGAUCUUUGCGCUGUGCUUUGGACUCGCUGCAGCCCAGGCUCCUGUCACCAUACUGCUGGUGCUCGAGGAGCCCGACGCAGGGAUACUCAGCAGCAUCAACGGCAUCAUGUCCGAGGCGGAGAGCACCUUCGGCGCGAACCUCAUCAAGGUGGACGUGCAGUACGUGCUGGUCGACAGGGAGUACGUCGACGGGAAUUUCGAAAAAGAGCUGAACCAGACGUUGUACUACCUGAUCGGCAACUCCAUAAUCCGGCUGGUCGUCAUCGACUACCUCUCGCCGCAGACGGUCGAGCGGAUCGGCAACAUGAGGCCCCUGCCCUCCUACUACAUCAUCUACGCCAAAACCAAACAGAUGGAGGAACUCUUCAAGACCGCACUGGAGGGCGGUCUGGUGAAACGCGACGGGGUUUGGCACUUGGUGUUCAUGGACUACGACCACAAGGAGUUCUCGUACUUUAAGAACAACGUCCCGCUCAACGUCACCAUAAGCGCCCUCGCGAUGAAGGAAUCGGUGUGCUGCCACCUCAUGUACUCCGACAACCCGCGCUGCGAGUGUCCGGCGGAUUUUCAAAUUUUCGAUCACUACUUCCGGCGGCUGGUCCACCUCGUUGUCGAGAUACUGAGCGAACUGCAGUCGGCCAACUUGCUUCAGGAGCCGCAGACCGGCCAGUGCAACACGAAAAAUGCGACGGGCGCCAGUACGAACGGGACCCUAUUAGAAUUCGACAAGAAGCUCAUGGCCAAAAUAGCCAACAACGACACGUUCGAGUACGUGAAGAAGCGAAACCUCAUAGCGUACAAGGCCGAGGCGGAUCUGAAGGUACUGAGCAACGGCAAGCUCGAGACGAACGGCACUUGGGAUCGGGAGCACGGCAUCGAGGCCCUGCCCAAUCGGACGAUCCAAGCGGCUCGGCGCUACUUUCGCAUCGGCACCACCGAGUCGAUUCCCUGGACGAUAAAGAAAUUGGACCCAGAGACCGGCGAGCCUCUGAGAAAAUCGGACGGCAGCUACCAGCUGGACGGCUACUGCAUCGACCUCAUCGACAAGCUAGCCAGCAUGAUGGACUUUGAUUACGACAUCGUGGUGCCGGAGGACGGGGAUUUCGGGCAAAAAAUCGAUGGUGUCUGGACCGGCUUGGUCGGCGACCUCGCCAAGGGACAAACCGACAUCGCCGUGGCGGCCCUCACCAUGACCUCGGAACGCGAGGAAGUCAUAGACUUUGUGGCUCCGUACUUUGAGCAGUCCGGCAUACUAGUCGUGAUGCGGAAGCCCGUGCGCCGAGCGUCCCUCUUCAAGUUCAUGACCGUCCUGAAGAUCGAAGUCUGGCUGAGCAUCGUCGGGGCGCUCACCCUCACGGGCAUCAUGAUCUGGCUGCUCGACAAGUACUCGCCUUACAGUGCUCGCAACAACAAGCAAAUGUACCCCUAUCCGUGCAGAGAGUUCACCCUGAAGGAGAGCUUCUGGUUCGCCCUGACCUCGUUCACGCCCCAGGGCGGUGGCGAAGCACCCAAAGCCCUGUCCAGCCGCACCCUCGUGGCCGCCUACUGGCUCUUCGUCGUCCUCAUGCUCGCCACUUUCACGGCUAACUUGGCCGCCUUCCUCACCGUCGAACGGAUGCAGUCGCCGGUGCAAUCGCUGGAGCAAUUGGCCCGGCAAUCGCGUAUCAACUACACGGUUCUCAAAAACUCGACGGUACACCAGUACUUCAAGAACAUGAAGAGCGCCGAGGAACGACUUUACCAAGUAUGGAAAGAGUUGACGCUCAACAGCACGAGCGACCAGGUCGAGUAUCGUGUCUGGGACUACCCGAUAAAGGAGCAGUACGGCCACAUACUCCAGGCGAUAACCGCCGCGGGUCCCGUCAAGACGGUCGAGGAAGGUUUUCGAAAGAAAGGCGGAGUAUUCAUAGCGACGCUGGUGGGUCUGCUCCUGGCCAUGUUAACGCUGGCCGGGGAGGUGUUCUACUACCGGCGACGGAACGCCAAGCUGGAGCCGCAGGAGCAUAUGAGGUCGCGCGAAAAGUUCAAGGGAUCGAUAACGGAAAGUGAUCAGAUGAUGAUACAAAAGUUGGCCUCGAGGCUGCAACUCAAGCCCGCGCCGACUUUCGCCUUCGACGGCAAAUCCCUGGGAUCCAAACAGCCCAAGAUAUCGCACAUAUCCGUCUAUCCCAGAGAUCCGUUUCCCUUCAAGGAUUGAUUGGGUGUUGAACACGCAUAUACCGCACAAUAUUCAGCCACUGUUGCCUAUAUAACAUGACGUUGCCUUUUUCUUUGUUGUUGUUGUUGCUGCCAUCAUUUUAUAAUUCUACAUAUAAGCACUAUCAUUUCUUUUUUUUUUCUUUUUUUUUUGUACGCAAGGGGAUAUUGACAUACAUACAUACAUACA